GUGGGCCUUCGGUUGCCUUUAAGAGGCCUCUUGCCCCUCCCCUGCCUCAUAAGGAAUCUGAAACAUUUAAACCCCAGAGGCUGACUCAGUAAGAGUCAUUUGCAUAAUAUUUUAGGGUGAUUUAGCCAUGCGCUCUACAUGUGGCUGAUUUAGCUAUGCUGGGCUUGGUGGUCAUAAGAAUAGCACUGGUUCUGACCAACACAUCCUCUAUCUCUCUGUCCAAUGACCCCAACCCUUGCUCAGGCACUUACUGUUUGUCAAAUUUGGACCAAUCACCUUACUGUGUGCCAGUGUCAUGCUAAGCUCCAGGAAUUUGAAGAUGAAUCCAACCUGUGGCCCCUGGAAAGUCAGGUCUGAGACUUGGAAGUAGGUGUCUGUUUGGUGGGGAUCACCCAAAGAUCAGCCCAUGGGUGUCCCUAAUUUGGACAAAGAACCCUCCAAACUGGACCCAUCUUGGUGUGCCUGCCUGCAUGACCUAUUUUUUAAGCUGCAAACAGCUAGCAUUACCUGUUCUCAACAUCUGGCAUUACCUACCUUCUUAGUCACCUUCCCUCAGGCUUCAAACAGCUGUAGGGCCCCACCUCCUAUCCAUCUAGGGUCCCUCCCUCCCCUUUUUCUUCCCGAAAGGAUCUGGAGACACCAGCUCCACAAGUCCUGGUGUCUUUAAAAGGAUCAGCUUGAGGAAUAAGGCUCGUCUGAGAGCUGUGACAUUCAUCUGACUCUAGUGAAAGUCCAACAGCCACUCCCUUUUUGGCCUCCAACUGGGCACCAUGAGGGCCUGCAUCUCCCUGGUAUUGGCCGUGCUGUGCGGCCUGGCCUGGGCUGGAAAAAUGGAAUCCUGUGCAUCUCGAUGUAAUGAGAAAUUUAACCGGGACGCUGCCUGCCAGUGUGACCGCCAGUGUCUUCGGCAUGGGAACUGCUGUGAAGACUAUGAACAUCUGUGUACUGAGGACCACAAAGAGUCAGAGCCAUUGCCACAGCUGGAGGAAGAGACAGAAGACGCCCUCGCCAGCAACUUGUACUCGGCACCCACCUCCUGCCAGGGCCGCUGCUAUGAAGCCUUUGACAAGCACCACCAAUGUCACUGCAAUGCCCGCUGCCAAGAGUUUGGGAACUGCUGCAAGAAUUUUGAGAGCCUGUGUAGUGACCACGAGGGCUUCUCCCACAGCAGUGAUGCCAUAACAAAAGAGGAGAUUCAAAGCAUCUCUGAGAAGAUCUACAGGGCAGACACCAACAAAGCCCAGAAGGAAGACAUCGUUCUCAAUAGCCAAAACUGCAUCUCCCCGUCAGAGACCAGAAACCAAGUGGAUCGCUGCCCAAAGCCACUCUUCACUUAUGUCAAUGAGAAGCUGUUCUCCAAGCCCACCUAUGCAGCCUUCAUCAACCUCCUCAACAACUACCAGCGGGCGACAGGCCAUGGGGAGCACUUCAGUGCCCAGGAGCUGGCUGAGCAGGACGCCUUCCUCAGAGAGAUCAUGAAGACAGCAGUCAUGAAGGAGCUCUACAGCUUCCUCCAUCACCAGAAUCGCUAUGGCUCAGAACAAGAGUUUGUCGAUGACUUGAAGAACAUGUGGUUUGGGCUCUAUUCAAGAGGCAAUGAAGAGGGGGACUCAAGUGGCUUUGAACAUGUCUUCUCAGGUGAGGUCAAAAAAGGCAAGGUUACUGGCUUCCAUAACUGGAUCCGCUUCUACCUGGAGGAGAAGGAGGGUCUGGUUGACUAUUACAGUCACAUCUACGAUGGGCCUUGGGAUUCUUACCCUGAUGUGCUGGCAAUGCAGUUCAACUGGGACGGCUACUAUAAGGAAGUGGGCUCCGCUUUCAUCGGCAGCAGCCCUGAGUUUGAGUUUGCACUCUACUCCCUGUGCUUCAUCGCCAGGCCAGGCAAAGUGUGCCAGUUAAGCCUGGGAGGAUAUCCCUUAGCCGUCCGGACAUACACCUGGGACAAGUCCACCUAUGGGAAUGGCAAGAAGUACAUCGCCACAGCCUACAUAGUGUCUUCCACCUAAUAGAACUUCGAGCCAGAAAGGGGCAUGAGGGCUCUUGCGAGCCUGAAGUGCUAUCUUCUCUGGACUAGAGAGAAGAGGGAGAGGACUGGAAGGGAUCACCAAAUCUCAAAGCAAUGAGAAGCAUUCCUAAAUCCCAAAGUGCCCACAUGGGAAAGAGAUAAAAUGUACAAAUUAGAAAAAUGUGGAUAAACAGUCAAACCUUUAUCCUCUAGAAUUUUGGCAACGUUGACUAAGAAACAGAGUCCAAGCAGAGAAGGUAGGAACCCUCCAUAGCUCUCUGCCCUGAUGUGUGGGGGAACUAGGAAGAAGUCCUUUGACCUCACCAGGCCUCAUGCUUCCCUUUAAUGUAAAGGGAAGGGGUUUGCCCACUUUCCUGUUUUUGGGGUUGGUGAGAGGGCAAACCCUGAUAUUUUUACUGUGAAGAUGUUUUCAGUUGUUCUUAGGAAGAACAGCUGAUAGAAAUUCAAGAUUACUAUAAUGGCUGUUAUUAUACACAGCUCUGUAAACUACCACUCAGCCCUGUGUUGGGGUCCUCAAAGAAGUAAGACCACAGUAAUCAAGCAAGGGCCUUUGGUUUUUUCCAGAGUUAGAUCCUCUCAGAACAGAGUCUGGGAGAACUCCAAUGCUGAAUGGAGAAGGGUAAUAGGUUGGUGCAGUGAAUGGGCUGGGGGUGGGGUGGCCUUCUCCAGGCCUGAGUGUUUUUGUGUCUGGCUCAGUAUCUGCAUCAAGAAGUUUCCCACUUGUGGAUGUUUAGUGCAGCCACAGACUUGUAUUUUGAUCACCAAUUUUGUUUUUGAAAGAGUUCUCCUCAUAGGAGGAUGAUUCAGCACCAGAAGAAGAAGGAACCCAUAGCUUGGUGUCAUUAACAUAAUUAUUUUAAGCCUUAUCCAGCAGCCAUAAUUUGAAUAACUCUACGAGACCAGAGAGACUGUAGUUCCCUAUUUUAACCUCAAUUAUGCAUUUGUCCCCCAACCCCACUGAGAACUAAAUGCUGUACCACAGAGCCGGGUGUGAACUAUGGUUUAGAAGGUUCAAGUUUCCAAUUAAAGUCAUUGAAGAAAA